AUGGACAAGAGGGAUAGGAUAAAAUCAGGAACUGCCCCGCGGAUGGCGGCUUCACGACCCCCUGGCCUUCUGACUCCUAGGCCUCCUUCUGGGUCCGCUCGACCUCCUCCCCCUGUAACCACUGCUGCCCUUCGAGUCUUGGAAGCAAACGGAGCUAUGGGGCGAAGGCCUCUGGUGGAGCGAGCCCCAGGCGUCUGCAAAGCGGUUCUUCCACAGACCAGCAAAGCAGCUCUUCCACAGACCAGCAAAACAUCUCUUCCACAGACCAGCAAAGCAGCUCUUCCACAGACCAGCAAAGCAGCUCUUCCACAGACCAGCAAAGCAGCUCUUCCACAGACCACUAGUCACGGGCCACCAGCACGCAGUGCUGGGGCAGGUCCUCGCAGCCCAGCCAACAGGUCCCCAGCUUCUGGGAAAGGAGAGAGGGCCCCUAUGAAGACCUCUGGCCAGGGCUCUAUUUCUAGCCCGGGGCGUGCCAGCAGUGGGAUCGCCAGACCAGGCCCUGUUGUCCAGAAGGGACUCCAACCUCCGACUAAAGAACCUGUGGUCAGAGGUAAAACAUCAGAGACACCCAAAAGGAAUACUCUGAGCUCUGGAACACGAAGAGUUUUGUCUGCAGAUUCUUUAGGGCCCACUUCAGGAGCCCCCUCCCCCGCCAUCACUCGUCGGUCAAGGGCCCCAGCUACAGAGGUGGGACUUCCUCAACCAGCUCCCAGUGCCAGACAGCGUCCUCUCACCACCGAGGCAUCCAGGAAAUCUUUGAGCAGUGCUUCUGAAUCCAGUGCCACGGAGCUGAGCCCAGUCAUUAGGAGGCGCUCUGUCGCUGGUGGCAGCCUGCAAAAGCCGGUCUCCCGUUCACUGAUCCCCAGUGCUACUCAGCUCUCCCCAUCCCGCUCCGGGGUCUCACCGCGUGGAACCCCACGGGUUCCUGCGCAUACCUCACAGCUCAAGUCGAAAGGGCAGCAAGCUCUGCAUCCAACCCAGACCACAGUCCCAAGAAAGAGCAGGCCCUCUGUACAGAGCCUGAAUUCUGCUUCAUCUUCAGUCACGCCUGCUUCGCCUGGUGCUUCCUCUGUCCAGGUCCCAGAAGAUCCCUUGCAGGCCACACUUCCCCCCUCUCCACCCGCCACCCCGCCUCUACCCCAACAACUACCCCAACUACCCCAACUACCCCAAGCACAAGCCUCUUCACAAGCAAUGUCCCAUUCACAGUCUGGACAUGGCUCACUAUCACCUCCCCCUCUUUCUCUGCAGAACCUCCCCUCUCCACCAGCCACACCCCCUUUGCAAGCUCCACCCACAUGUCUGGGUACUGAAGAGGCCUCUGACUCACCCCCACCAAAAGCUGUAAUGUCUCCAUCGCUCCCUCCCCUUAUACAGAGUAUGCCCCCCAACCAGGCUUCUUCAGCAUCGCAGUCACAGGAGACUCUCUUGGUCACGCCUUUCUCACCUGCUCCUCUACCUCUAGCCACGCCUCCUCCACAACCCCUUCCUUCUCCGCCAAUUUCUCCACAGAAUUUGCCCACUCCCGUUGCCACACCCUCUCAGUUGCCUCUCUCCACUCUAACUACUCCCUCUUUCCCGGCCAACUUUUCUGUGUCUCCGCCCCUUCCCCAGGCCACGCCCUCUAAUCAAACCAUGCCGCCUUCACAAGAUCCCCUGUUUCUGGCCAUUUCUCCUCCAGUUUCUUCCUCUAUCUCCACCUCACCACCUGUGCUUGUCUCUCCCUCUUCCGUGGUCACACCUCCUCUGAUGCUCCCACCUUCUCCGACUUUGCCCACUUCACAGGCCUCUUUGUCGACCUUGCCGCCCGCACUGGCCUCCUCGCCCCAGCAGGCCACGCCUCCUCCUUUGGCCUUGUCCCCUCUGCCCAGCCAACUCUCUAUGGGCUCACUCUCUUUGCUUUCUUCUUUCUUGCCUACCCUCCCUAUGCAGCCACACACUCUACCCUCGCCUCCUUUGCAGGCACCUCCUGUUACAUACCCUUUACCUCUUUCCUCACCCUCUGCCUCACCCCCUCUGCCCGCUCUUCUCUCCCCUCCAGCCUCACCUCCUCUGGAGGGCCCUCUUUCUCCCUCAGCCUCACCUUCGUCUCCCUUGACAACUCCCCCUCCAGAAGCCCCACCUUCACUGGGCUCACCCACUCUUUCACCCCUGGCCACGCCCCCUCCUCAAGCCCCACCCCUGGCCUUGCCCCCUCUGCCAGUUUCCACCACCUUCCUGGACACAACCACAAGUUCUCCACAGGUUCCCCCCUUGGCUUUGCCUCCUCUACAAACCUCUCCUUCUCCUCUGACAAUACCUUCUCCUCAGACCCCACCUUCUCUGGCCUUGCCCUCUCUGCAGUCUCCCUACUCCCCAUUGGCCACAGCCACACCCCCACUACAGAUUCCCCUUGUGGUUUUACCUACUUUACAGACCCCUCCUUCUCCCCUGACCACUCUCCCUCCGGGGGCCCCUCCUUGCCUGACCUCGCCCAUCGUUCAGCCUCCUUCUCCUCCUGCCUCACCACCACUGCAAGCCCCUCGUCGACCCCCGACCCCGGGUCCAGAUGUCCCUAUCUCAGGUCCACGGCUCACCCUGGCGCUGGCCCCUGCCCCGCCGCUGCCACCCUCGCGAAGCCCCUCCAGUACGCUGAGCGGCCCGGACCUGGCAGGCCAUAGCAGCAGCGCCACGAGUACACCGGAGGAGCUCCGCGGCUACGAUAGCGGGCCCGAGGGCUGCGCUACAAUCUCCCCAGCCCCGGAUGCAGAGCUAGCUGCCUGCCACCCGGCCUCCUGGAGUCGAAGUUCUGCAGUGCGCGGCACUCCAGGAGUUCCCCUGCCGUGGCCUCCCACUGCUGGCCCGGGUUCCUCUGACGGCUUGUGCACCAUCUACGAAGCUGAAGGACCAGAGUCGGUGGCCCCCACCCCUGGGUCCCUAGAUGUGGAGCCAGAACUGAGGCCUGGCUCUGGCAGUGCGAAGGUGACUGCUGCAGCCUGCGCGGGAGCGUCGACGAGAAGCCCAAAGUCGGCUCGCCUUGGUGAGCUGCCGCUGGGGGCGCUUCAGGCGAGCGUCGUGCAGCACCUGCUGAGCCGGACACUGCUGUUAGCCGCUUCGGAAGGUGCAGCUGCCGGCAGCGAAGGUGGUUCAGGGGGCUCAGGGGGUGUUGGUGUCUCGGGAGGAUCCCGGGCUCCGCUCAGCGAUGCUGAAUUGGGCCGCUGGGCAGAAUUGCUGUCUCCCUUGGACGAGUCGCGUGCCAGCAUCACUUCGGUCACCAGCUUCUCCCCAGAUGAUGUGGCCUCCCCACAGGGUGACUGGACUGUGGUGGAAGUGGAGACUUUUCAUUGAGCCAGACCCUAGCCCUGUCCACCAUACAUAUACCACUUUAGAAUCCACCCUUCUGGUUACACCUCUUUUGUCUUAGUCUCCGCUCCCACUUCCACUUAAAUGGAUUAUGGAUUUUUUUUUUUUUUUAUACCUCU